AACUAAAAACAUAAUUAUCCAAAAAAAAAAAAAACACGAACUUUCCCUUUCUCUGCUCAACACUACGUCUAAAGAAUCUUCAAGUCUUUUGGAUCUCAAAAUGAGCAACGAAUACGAUUAUCUGUUCAAACUUCUGCUUAUCGGCGACUCCUCCGUCGGGAAAUCUUGUUUGCUUCUCAGAUUCGCUGAUGAUUCUUACGUGGAUAGCUACAUCAGUACCAUUGGUGUUGAUUUUAAAAUCAGAACUGUGGGGCUGGAUGGCAAGACAAUCAAGCUGCAAAUUUGGGAUACUGCUGGACAGGAGCGUUUUCGAACUAUCACGAGCAGUUAUUACCGAGGAGCACAUGGGAUAAUAAUUGUCUACGAUGUUACUGAGAUGGAGAGCUUCAAUAAUGUCAAGCAGUGGUUGAAUGAGAUCGAUAGAUAUGCGAAUGACAGUGUAUGCAAGCUUCUUGUUGGCAACAAAUGUGAUUUAGUUGAGAACAAGGUUGUUGACACGCAAACAGUGAAGGCAUUUGCUGAUGAACUUGGGAUUCCCUUCCUGGAGACAAGUGCUAAAGAUUCAAUUAAUGUGGAGCAGGCUUUCUUAACCAUGGCCGGCGAAAUCAAGAAAAAAAUGGGUAGCCAGCCAGCUGCGAACAGGUCAACCGGAGCCGUUGAAAUGAAGGGACAGCCGAUUGAGAAGAACAACUGCUGCGGCUAGUCAACCAUGUAACGAUAUAACUCUGUUUUAGAGACCAUAAACAUGUAUGUCAUAUGAACCUUUCAGACACUAAAACUUCUACCUUCUUGAACCCUCUGUUGUAAGUACAAGUUGUGAUGCUUGUUAAUAACUUUUUUCUUAAUAUUUGGAUUACUUACCA